AUGGACGACUCACAAAUACGCGCUGCCACGUACCCGGCGGACGCCGCGCUGAUACUGCAGGCUGGCGCUGGGAGCGGAAAGACCCAGACGAUGGCGGCACGCAUCGCCUACCUCCUUCAGAGCGGUGUGCCCGGACACUCCAUCCUCGGCAUCUGCUUCACGCGUCAAGCAGCGGAGACGCUGCGGGAGCGGGUGCGGUCUACCCUUCCUCCCACGCUCACCCGCGAGGCGCACGCCUUGAAGCUCAAGACAUUUCACGCCUUUGGGCUCGAGUGCUUGCGCCGCUUUUCUGCCCUCCGGUCCGACACGCACGUCCUCGAUGCCCGGCAGCAGCACGAACUUGCCCGUCGCGUUGUCGACACGUACGCGCAACGUGAAAAAAGCAGCGAGGCCGUGACGGACCUGGUCGACUACGUGAAUCGGGUGAAGACGAUGAAGGUGCCGCCGAUUCCUCAGUCGGACCCCGCCCUGCAGGACGCAUACCUCUUCCCCUAUUACCAGAAGGCCCUGCAUGAGGAGCACAACGCCGUGGACUUUGGGGACUUGCAGCAGAUGUUUUACGACCUGAUCCGGCCCGUCCCCGCCACCCCACCGACAGCCUCGCAGGGGUGCGGUGAGGAGGGGCUGGAGGAGCAGCAGCCGGGAAAGAUGGUCCCGUCCGAUGUGUGCACGGCGCUGCGUGCCGAGUAUACACACUUCGUCGUCGACGAGUUCCAGGACUUCAACGAGAUUCAGGUGGAGCUGCUGGCCCUGCUGGCUGGCGACGCGUGUCGCGUGACCUGCGUGGGAGACCCGAAUCAGUGCAUCUACACGUGGCGCGGCGCCAUGCCAAACGUCUUUGGGGUGUGGAAGAAGCGCUUUCCUCAGACAGCAGUCCUGACGCUGGCGAUGAACUAUCGCAGCGACGGGCCCAUUGUCGAGGCGGCCAAUCUCGUGGUGAAGGCAACGCAGAUGGCACACCACCAUCGCGAGGAGCGCGCCGUGACGCUCGUGCAGUGCGCCAGCGAGGAGGAUGAGCUGCAGGCGGUCCCACUGGUGAUCGACCACGUCCUACGCCGUCGCGAUACCCACCUUGGCUACGGUGACAUCGCCAUUCUCUGUCGCUCCCGUCGGCGGGUGCAACUCUACUGCGAUGUGCUGCAGUCGCAGCGCAUUCCAGUGCGGCAGCUAAAGGGGAUGUCGGUUGACCAUCUCGCAAGCAUGCGCUCGCUGCUUGCGUUUCUCCGACUGUGUGUGUCGCCUCAUGGUCCGGAAGGUGACGCGAAUGUGCGCACACUCCUGAAUACCGCCCCGCUGCAUCGACUAUCGGCCGGGGCGGCCAAGAAGUUCCUCCUGUCCCUUGACUCGGUCUGUCAGGCGCGGCGCGCGACGGAAACGGCGCGGAUACGGUCAUGGCGCCACACCAUCCACGUGGAUAACAGCAGCGAGGUUUGCCCAAAUAACGGAGGCGCGCAGGGGUCGCGAGGUGAGGGCUUGCAGCCCGGCGCUGCGUGUGCCUCGGUCAUCGGUGGUGGUUACCCCACUGCCGCCACGCCUGGAGUCCACCCCGAGUCGCACUCGUUCUUUGCCGUCUUGCAGGAGCUCGUGUACCACAACUUUUCCCAUGAGCUCUUCCCCAAGCUGGAGGUGUCCAAACGAAACCAGAAGAGCAUCCGCACCCUGGUGCGCAUCGUCGUGCAUGCCAAGGAGCUGCUGGCGCAGCCGUCUUGCGACGUCGAGCAAGUCCUUCGAUACGUCCUGCGCGAAGGGGGAUACGAGGGCGAAAGCAUGGCCGCGGUAGCAGCUCGCACUGUCACCCCCUCGGCAACCACAAGGGGAGCGAAGCGAGCGCGUAACUCCGCCGACGGUUGGGGUAGUGACCGCUGUGCUGACGAGGCGUCCGGGCGAAGCAGCGCUUUGGGGUACCAGCCUCGCGUUGGCGCCCUUCUCAUGGAGCGAUGCGCCUCGCAGCACAAUCAACAGCAGCAGUCCUAUUCCUCCUCCUCCGCCUCCGCCUCCUACAGCAGCGCCGGUGGAGGCACCAGUAGGUGGGAUCGGUGCCACCAUGGCAGCCGGCGAUCAGGUGCCGCAUCCGGCGGUAACGGCGCGGUCGAUGAGGACGUUUUGCCCCCCGAGGAGGAGGCGGAGGUGUGGCAGGAGCAGCGCAUGAACCUGUCCGAGUUGGUGCUGCACACGUACCACUCCGUGCAGGAGGCGUUGGAGCGUGAGGUGGCGCAUGAGCUGGAGAAGGAAGGCGGCGGUGGUGAGGGUAGAGGGGAGGAGGAGGCGUCGCGCUCUCGCCCGUCCCCGGCAAGCGGCAGCCACAGCAACAGUCGACCGCAACCGUUUUCCAAGGCAACCGGUGCCGACGACUCAGUCAGCAACUUCAGUGCCGGGAGCACCACCACGACUAUGACCGUCAUGCAGGCCCUGCGCCCACCUGCCGUGGUGCUGCAUCGCGUGCUGGACGAGUUUGUGUCGCUAGUGUCCUCGGACGACUACGGUCCCAUGCGGACGAUCGAGAACGCAGAAGAUGCUGCAGGAGAAGCCCCAGGGGCAGACACGGGCUGUAACAGCGGUCGCCUCCCUACCAGUACCUCGCCACACUGGAUCGGACAGGUCACUGUCGGCACGGUGCACCGCGCGAAGGGCAUGGAGUGGCCGGCGGUGCUGCUGCCCGGGUGCUGGGUCGGCGAGUACCCGGUGCGGCCACGCGAAGAAGAAAAGCGCGUCUUUUACGUGGCCAUGAGUCGAGCCAUGAAGCAACUUGUCUGCUUCACCGCCGCAGCGCGCGAGGGCAGGUCUGGCAGCGACCAGGCGGCAACUGCGGCAAGCGUGGUCGACCUCCCCGCUCAGCACACACAAAGCGGAACGCUGGAGCCGACGCCGUACCUGGCCGCCCUCGGGGACAAGCUGGAGCGGGUCAACUACGGCGAUCUCAAGACAGCGUAUCUGACGGAGCGAGGGUACCUGUGA